CUCCAUCUCUGUCCAUCUCUCUCCCCGUCUCUCUCCAGUCUCUCCCCUUUAUUCACGCCGCUUUCAUUUCCUCAAUCACACAAUUUUUUCUUUUGUCUCUCCCACAGCAGUUUGCACCAUAACCUCCCUUUGCUCUCCCUUCUACAACAAUUCCCCCAUCUUCAUCUCCUGAAAAAAAAUGUCUGAAUUGUCUUUCUCAAAUGCUAACAAACCUCACUUCUCCAUCAGUCUUCUCCUCUCUGACUUAAUGCUCUUAUUUUCCUCCAUUAUCUCCCACCCUCUUUACUUCUUGUACUUUGUCUUCUUCUCUCCCUACAUCUUCAAGCUCCUCUCUUUUCUCUCCCCCCUCUUCAUCACCACCUUCCUCCUUGUCCUUGCUCUUCUCACUGUCUCUCCAACCCUUCUCCUCUCCCCCGAAUCCUCUGACUCCAAACUGGGGUUUCUCCUUGAGAAAUGCGGGUCUGUUCUGGACAAGUUACGGCCAAUUGUGGACGGCCAAUGUGAAGAUCUUCGAUGCUUUGAGGAGCUUGAAGCGUACAAGAUUGUGUUCGAGGCAGCUACCUUUGAGGUAAGAGAUGAAGAGCGCCAACCUUUGGAGCUGGAAUCGGAGGAAAAACACUGCUUGCCGGCCUUUGAAGGAGCGGUGGUGGUGAAAACUGAGAAUGUUGCAGAAGAAAAGAGAGGAGAAGGGUUGUUGGAGGUGGGUGAGGAUGGAAACAUAUCUGAGAAAGUGAAAGACAAGAAAGUCAAGGCAGUUGGCGCAGAGACCGAUAAAGUUGAUGGACAGGAAGAAAGGUUGACCACAGGAGUAUCCGAGGGAAUGGGGAGCAAAAUUGGCGAAAUCGCACUUAGAGUGACUGCCGAUAAUGGUGGAGACUACACUUCAAAAGGGACAGACAAUUCGCAGAUGGUGGCUGCAAGUGUUCAAAGUAGUGAAGGUGUCUACUACUACUCUCCUAAAAGAGAUAUGGAGAAUCUGGGGAGCUUUGGAUCAAUGAGGAAGGAAAAGGAGUGGAAGCGGACGCUGGCCUGCAAGCUCUUUGAGGAGCGAAACAAUGCAGACGGGGGCGAAGGCAUGGACUUGCUUUGGGAGACAUACGAGACGGAUUCGAGCAAGGUGAUGAAGGCAAAAAAUGAUAGGAAAAAGAGUAAGAAGAAAGGGGAGGAGGUGGGUUACUACAGUGGGGAGGAAGAUGAGGAGGAGGAGGAGGAAGGGAUGGAUAGGCAAUUGUGUUGCUUACAAGCUUUGAAAUUCUCAGCAGGGAAGAUGAAUCUGGGAAUGGGGAGGCCUAAUCUUGUGAAGUUCACCAAGGCCUUGAAGGGAAUUGGAUGGUUGCAUCAGGUCAGCAGGCAUGGCAGAAAAGCCCACCGCUGAAACAGAUUCAUUUCAAUUGCUAGUAGUAGCAAGCCAAUAUGUCUUUUUAUUGUUUUUUGUUUAAGAAAUUGCAAGUAAAUAUUAUAUUAUAUCAUAUUAAUUUCUUGGUUCUUCUCCCAA